GUGAUCUGCCACCGGUGUGAUUUUAAUUACCUGCUUCCUACUCAUUCACUUCUUUCCGGCAACGCAACGCACACAUUCAAUGCAUGCAAACGAUAAUCAAUAACUGAGGCAGAACCCUUUAGCCACGGAUUGAUGACGUGGUAAAACGCCCCCACUCUUUUCUUUCUUCCUAACGAAGCAAUCUCAUUCUCCCCAAACCCUCGCUAUUCUCUCUCACCGUUUCUCGCCAUGCCUAAAUCCAGUAUCGACCCCAAAUCCGCCGAUAAUCGGUUGAAUUUCAAGGUCAAGGUCGCUGCAAUGGGGAGAAAGCGGUCCAAGAAAACUACAAUGGAUCCACUUAAGCCGAGGAGGCCUCCGAGUGCUUUCUUUGUUUUCAUGUCUGAAUUCAGAGUGAAGUUCUCAAAUUCAAACAGAGUCAAUGGCGUAUCUAUGGUUAGUAAAGCUGGUUCUGAGGAAUGGAAAGCGAUGUCGUAUGCGGAGAAGGCUCCUUACUUUGCCAAGGUGGGAAAGAUGAGAGAGGAGUAUGAGAAGAUUAAACGUGCCUAUAAUGCGAACGCAGAAAAGAAGGAAGAGGACUAUGAGGAGAUUAUACGAGCCUACAAUGUUAGAUUGCCUGGUGACUAUGGUACUGUUUUUAGUCCUGCAUCAACGACCAAUAAGAUAAAACUAAUGGCCGACACUUCCACCCAAGGUCGGUCCUUAAAGAUGUUGGAAAUGUCUUCCUUCCCCUCAACUUCCUCCGCUGACGAGUCUUCGUCGUCGGCCGAAAUCCAAGGGGUUCAGUCAAAGCCUUCCGGUUCACAUGCGACUCCGACUCAAUCUUUUGACUCAUGCCAGCCCAUUGCCAUGAUUUUACCUGAAAACUAUGCCAGCGAUGAUGACAACUAUGCCAGUGAUGAUGAAGACGUUCAAACAGUUAUUGGUGAGAAAGUUCCGUCAGGUUUUGACACUGUGAGGGCAGACCCACAACCAAACAAUUUUCAAUCUGAAGAUGUAGUCAUGAAGGAAGAUACAGUCUUUUCCAAAGAAACAGCCACCUUGAAACAUGUUUUCCACGAAGUCGACCCUCAUCAAGAUCCAACGGAUGACCUACUUCACCAGGCUGAGAAAGACUGUAACAGCGACACUGAUGACGCUGACCCUGCAAAUGACUUGCUUUCUUUGCUGACCAACCCAAGUCGAGUAGUUUCUAUGGCAUCUGGUAUGUUCUCCCCUGUUGCUGAGCAUGAUUCUAGUGACUCCAAGGCCAUGGAACUUUUCAAAGAACUGAAGGGAUUGAUGUCAAAGCCUUUGGAUGUCGCUUCUGUUGACAUCUCUGCAUGCAACCAAAUGAGGAGGCUAGUUGAAGAACUCAGCCCUCUCAAGCAACUACUACCUCUCUCAAGCCAAAUUACUCUUGAGCAGAUCAACAACUUUCUUUCCCUUCACGCCUCCAAGAAUGCUCUCUUAAGAUUUAUCCUUCCUGUUUACGAGCAAGCGGUGAAGACCAAAGAAGACUUGGUGAAGAAGCUCCUUUCUCUCAGAGAAGAAAAAGACAAGAUUGCAGCUGAUAGAAAGCAGCAAGAGGCAGUUAAGGUCAAGGCUGAAGAGAAAGUUGAGAUACUCAAGAAGCAAUUAGCCUUGGCUGAGGUGGAACUAGCUGAAGCUUACACUGGUAUCAGUGACUCCAUGGAGUUGGAGAAGAAGCGUGUCCACAACAUUAAUGCCCUUCGCACUGAGGUGAAUCAGACGGCAACAACUCUAAAGAAUCUUCGGUCCGACUAUGAGACAGCAAUGUCGACUAAGAAAGACCUUGAGGACUUGUUGUCAGAGAUUAACCAAUCUAGUUCCCCCUGGUGUACUUGAAAGGUGUAUUUAUUUUCCAUUUUGUAUAGUCCACGAUUGGAUAGGUUUUAUACAAUGUUCAUUUGAGUUUUCCUUGAUUGGUGCUUUAAUUA